AAAAUCAAGGUUACGGUUCCUAUUGAUGAAUCAUUGGCGUUAAAUUUGCCGGAAGUAAAGAUUGGUCGUGUCCAGACUGUGCAGUGGAAUGCGAGCGGUAUUGCAGGGAAUCCCGAGCUUUUAGUUCAAGUUUAUUCGGUAUUUUUAACAAUUCCGAUUUCUACCUAUCUUCCAGUUUGGACAAAACCUCAAACGGCCACAUUAUCAGAUGGUUCUCUUCAGUUUACAGUUGAUCCGGAAACAUUUAAACCUGAUACAUGGUAUAUCAUUAGAGUUUGGGAGGCCAAUAAUGAAGAUAUUUAUGGUGUUUCUGAUCCUUUCCUG